AUGGAGACAAUGAUCGAUAGUAGUAGACUUGAGAUUACUCGUAAUAGAUGUGGUUUUUUGGAGGGAUUGUGUGUUAGUAGUAAUGGCAAUUCUGGAGGUUUAGGACUGUGGUGGAGGGAUAUAAACGCACAUGUGAUUUCCUACUCUUUUCAUCAUGUGGCUGUGGAAAUUAGAAAUGCUAGUGGUGUUCCUAUUUAUGCAGCGGUGGGGGUGUAUGGAUGGCCUGAAAGGGAGAACAAACAUCAGACCUUUGAGCUCAUGAAGUCAUUAAGAGAUACUAUUCAUACUCCCAUAAUAUUUUUUGGUGACUUUAACGAAAUCUUGUCCGAGGAUGAAAAGUAUGGUGGGGCUAUUCGAAGUGAGAGGGACAUUGAUCUGUUUCGUGAUGCGGUGGAAGUGUGUGCUUUAAAUGACCUGGGGUAUAGGGGAAACAAGUUUACUUGGCAGAGAGGCACGGACCUGCUGUGUGUAAUAAGAGAGAGGCUUGAUCGUUUUUUGGGGUGUGAUGAAUGGUGUAAUAUGUUCCCUCAAUUCUCUGUUAGGCAUUUCCCUUUAUAUUUAUCUGAUCAUGCACCUAUUUUACUCCAAACGGAGGGGAAUAAUAGGCGUAGAAAAGUGAAUAAGAGGUUCCAUUUUGAAGCCAUGUGGUUGGCAAAACCCGAAUGUCAGGCGGUUGUCAAGACUGCAUGGACGGAGAGUGCUGGGAUCGGGGUUAGUGCAAGGAUCACCAGGUGUGGAACAUCCUUAGCCACAUGGGCUGCCACAGCCUUUGGUGAUACGAAGAGGAGAAUAAUUGAGAAGGAGGAGGAGCUAGGGUAA